ACAGAAGUAGGUUGAACCACAGUUUGGAGAGGAUUAUGGCUAGAGAGAUACGGAGACAGAGAGAGAGUUACGGAGAGAGAGAGAGAUAAAGAGGCCGACUCAGUAAGAGAGAGAGAGAGAGACAUACGGAGACAGACACAGAGAGGGAAGGAGGGAGAGAGACAUACGGACACAUACACAGAGAGGGAAGGAGGGAGAGAGACACACAGAGAGGGAGGGAGAGAGACAUACGGAGACAGACACAGAGAGGGAAGGAGGGAGAGAGACAGAGAGGGAGAGAGGGAGAAAGAGAGAGAUAUAGAUUUGGAGACGGACAAAGAGGUGGCUGAAAGUGAGGUAGUGUGUGCGUCUGUUUUGUUUGGAGACAUGGAGAUGGAGCAUCUGGGUGUGUGUGUUCCUAAACCAGAACAAGGAAACAGUCGGGUCCUAAAGGCUGCGCUGGCCGCGUGUGUGUGUUUCUGCAUCGCUCUGCUGCUUGCUGUCAUACUGGUUUCCCAGAGAGCCAAUCAGGAUGUCUUCUGCUUAACUCCAGAAUGUAUUGAAGCAGCUGGAUCUAUCCUCAGUAAGAUGGACCAGGCUGUGUCUCCCUGUGAUGACUUCUAUGGGUUCUCCUGUGGUGGCUGGCUGAGAGACAACCCUAUUCCUGAAGACUUCUCUUCAUACGGCGUCUAUCCUUGGUUACGCCAGCACGUUGAUAUCAAACUCAAAGACUUGCUGGAGGCUCCGUCAGACUCAGAUGAGAUAGAAGCUGUCAGGAAGGCCAAGGUGUUCUACCGCUCCUGUAUGGACGAAGCUAUAUUGGAGAAAGUGGACAGUGGUCCUCUGUUGAAGCUUUUACAGCAGCCUGAGUUCCACUGGCCCGUCCUGGGGGAGGGGCUUGAGGGGGAGUGGCUCUGGUCACCGGGACGAUGGGACCUGCUGCAGACAUUGGCUCAGAUUAGGAACCAACACAGCAAGAGUGUUCUGAUUCGCUUAUACAUCGCCCCAGAUGACAAGAACUCCACCAGCUACAUAAUUAAGUUGGACCAGGCCUCUCUGUCUCUCUCCUCCAGAGAAGAUUACAUCACCAACACCACCAGCGCUCAGGCAUAUCGUAGUGCUCUCCUAAACCUCAUGGUGGACGUAGCUGUGAUGUUAGGAGCUCCACUGGAAGCAGCUGAGAUUCAGAUGAGUGAAGCACUGGCCUUUGAGACCAAACUGGCUCAGAUUGUGAUUCCAUUUGAGAACCGGACCAGUGAGAACAUGUACAACAGAUACACCAUCUCCCGUCUCCACCGCUCCAUACCCCAGUUUGACUGGUUGUCCUUUGUGAAGUCAGUAGUAGAGUCGAAAGGAGAAGGUAUUUCUGUCCACUCGUCUGAGCCAGUGAUCGUCCGUGUCCCCACCUACUUCAAAAAGCUGUUUAAACUCCUCAACGCCACUGAACCCAGGACAGUUAGUAACUAUGUCAUGUGGAGGACAGUGUUCUCCAGGAUCACAGCUCUCAGCCGACGCUUCUUGUACAGAUAUCUGGACUUCACACGGGUAACCACAGGAACGACCUCCCUGACCCCUCGUUGGGAUAAGUGUGUUAACUACGUAGAGAACACUCUGGUCUACGCAACCGGACGUCUCUUCAUCAACACACACUUCCAGGAGGACAAGAAACACAUGAUGGAGGAGCUGAUUGAAGGAGUUCGCUGGGCGUUCAUCAACAUGCUGGAGAGAGACAACGACUGGAUGGAUGGACCGACCAAGAAGAGAGCAGUAGAGAAGGCCCAGACAGUCCUGGCUAAGGUUGGCUAUCCUGAGUUCAUACUGAAUGACACCUACAUCAACCAAGACAUAAAAGAGCUUGUAUUCUCUGAGGACAACUACUUCGAUAAUGUGAUGCAGACUCUGCGUUUCAUUGCCCAAUCGGAUAUCAGCUGGCUGCGGAGGACUGUCCCUCGCACUGAGUGGUUCACCAAUCCCACGACAGUAAACGCCUUCUACAGCUCCUCCACCAAUCAAAUCAGGUUCCCGGCUGGAGAGCUCCAGAAGCCUUUCUUCUGGGGUCGGGACUACCCUCGGUCUCUUAGCUAUGGCGCCAUAGGAGUGAUUGUAGGACAUGAACUAACACACGGCUUUGACAACAAUGGGAGGAAGUAUGAUCAGGAUGGGAACAUGGACCAGUGGUGGAGCAAUGCGUCAAUCACAGCCUUCACUGACAAGACCCAGUGUAUGAUCGACCAAUACAACAGCUAUCGCUGGGAGGAGGCGGGACUAAAUGUGAGGGGGAAGAGGACCCUAACAGAACAGUGUUGAUCUGUUAUCCUGUUUAAUCAGGUGAGGGGGAAGAGGACCCUAACAGAACAGUGUUGAUCUGUUAUCCUGUUUAAUCAGGUGAGGGGGAAGAGGACCCUAGCAGAACAGUGUUGAUCUGUAAUCAGGUGAGGGGGAAGAGGACCCUAGCAGAACAGUGUUGAUCUGUAAUCAGGUGAGGGGGAAGAGGACCCUAGCAGAACAGUGUUGAUCUGUUAUCCUGUUUAAUCAGGUGAGGGGGAAGAGGACCCUAGCAGAACAGUGUUGAUCUGUUAUCCUGUUUAAUCAGGUGAGGGGGAAGAGGACCCUAACAGAACAGUGUUGAUCUGUUAUCCUGUUUAAUCAGGUGAGGGGGAAGAGGACCCUAACAGAACAGUGUUGAUCUGUUAUCCUGUUUAAUCAGGUGAGGGGGAAGAGGACCCUAACAGAACAGUGUUGAUCUGUAAUCAGGUGAGGGGGAAGAGGACCCUAACAGAACAGUGUUGAUCUGUUAUCCUGUUUAAUCAGGUGAGGGGGAAGAGGACCCUAGCAGAACAGUGUUGAUCUGUUAUCCUGUUUAAUCAGGUGAGGGGGAAGAGGACCCUAACAGAACAGUGUUGAUCUGUUAUCCUGUUUAAUCAGGUGAGGGGGAAGAGGACCCUAGCAGAACAGUGUUGAUCUGUUAUCCUGUUUAAUCAGGUGAGGGGGAAGAGGACCCUAACAGAACAGUGUUGAUCUGUUAUCCUGUUUAAUCAGGUGAGGGGGAAGAGGACCCUAGCAGAACAGUGUUGAUCUGUUAUCAGGUGAGGGGGAAGAGGACCCUAGCAGAACAGUGUUGAUCUGUUAUCCUGUUUAAUCAGGUGAGGGGGAAGAGGACCCUAGCAGAACAGUGUUGAUCUGUUAUCCUGUUUAAUCAGGUGAGGGGGAAGAGGACCCUAACAGAACAGUGUUGAUCUGUUAUCCUGUUUAAUCAGGUGAGGGGGAAGAGGACCCUAGCAGAACAGUGUUGAUCUGUUAUCCUGUUUAAUCAGGUGAGGGGGAAGAGGACCCUAACAGAACAGUGUUGAUCUGUUAUCCUGUUUAAUCAGGUGAGGGGGAAGAGGACCCUAGCAGAACAGUGUUGAUCUGUAAUCAGGUGAGGGGGAAGAGGACCCUAACAGAACAGUGUUGAUCUGUUAUCCUGUUUAAUCAGGUGAGGGGGAAGAGGACCCUAACAGAACAGUGUUGAUCUGUAAUCAGGUGAGGGGGAAGAGGACCCUAGCAGAACAGUGUUGAUCUGUAAUCAGGUGAGGGGGAAGAGGACCCUAGCAGAACAGUGUUGAUCUGUAAUCAGGUGAGGGGGAAGAGGACCCUAGCAGAACAGUGUUGAUCUGUAAUCAGGUGAGGGGGAAGAGGACCCUAGCAGAAUAGUGUUGAUCUGUUAUCCUGUUUAAUCAGGUGAGGGGGAAGAGGACCCUAACAGAACAGUGUUGAUCUGUAAUCAGGUGAGGGGGAAGAGGACCCUAGCAGAACAGUGUUGAUCUGUUAUCCUGUUUAAUCAGGUGAGGGGGAAGAGGACCCUAACAGAACAGUGUUGAUCUGUAAUCAGGUGAGGGGGAAGAGGACCCUAACAGAACAGUGUUGAUCUGUUAUCCUGUUUAAUCAGGUGAGGGGGAAGAGGACCCUAGCAGAACAGUGUUGAUCUGUAAUCAGGUGAGGGGGAAGAGGACCCUAGCAGAACAGUGUUGAUCUGUAAUCAGGUGAGGGGGAAGAGGACCCUAGCAGAACAGUGUUGAUCUGUUAUCCUGUUUAAUCAGGUGAGGGGGAAGAGGACCCUAACAGAACAGUGUUGAUCUGUAAUCAGGUGAGGGGGAAGAGGACCCUAACAGAACAGUGUUGAUCUGUUAUCCUGUUUAAUCAGGUGAGGGGGAAGAGGACCCUAGCAGAACAGUGUUGAUCUGUAAUCAGGUGAGGGGGAAGAGGACCCUAGCAGAACAGUGUUGAUCUGUAAUCAGGUGAGGGGGAAGAGGACCCUAACAGAACAGUGUUGAUCUGUUAUCCUGUUUAAUCAGGUGAGGGGAAGAGGACCCUAACAGAACAGUGUUGAUCUGUAAUCAGGUGAGGGGGAAGAGGACCCUAACAGAACAGUGUUGAUCUGUUAUCCUGUUUAAUCAGGUGAGGGGGGAAGAGGACCCUAACAGAACAGUGUUGAUCUGUUAUCCUGUUUAAUCAGGUGAGGGGGAAGAGGACCCUAACAGAACAGUGUUGAUCUGUAAUCAGGUGAGGGGGAAGAGGACCCUAACAGAACAGUGUUGAUCUGUUAUCCUGUUUAAUCAGGUGAGGGGGAAGAGGACCCUAACAGAACAGUGUUGAUCUGUUAUCCUGUUUAAUCAGGUGAGGGGGAAGAGGACCCUAGCAGAACAGUGUUGAUCUGUUAUCCUGUUUAAUCAGGUGAGGGGGAAGAGGACCCUAACAGAACAGUGUUGAUCUGUAAUCAGGUGAGGGGGAAGAGGACCCUAACAGAACAGUGUUGAUCUGUUAUCCUGUUUAAUCCGGUUGAGGGGGAAGAGGACCCUAACAGAACAGUGUUGAUCUGUUAUCCUGUUUAAUCAGGUGAGGGGGAAGAGGACCCUAACAGAACAGUGUUGAUCUGUAAUCAGGUGAGGGGGAAGAGGACCCUAGCAGAACAGUGUUGAUCUGUAAUCAGGUGAGGGGGAAGAGGACCCUAGCAGAACAGUGUUGAUCUGUAAUCAGGUGAGGGGGAAGAGGACCCUAACAGAACAGUGUUGAUCUGUAAUCAGGUGAGGGGGAAGAGGACCCUAACAGAACAGUGUUGAUCUGUUAUCCUGUUUAAUCAGGUGAGGGGGAAGAGGACCCUAACAGAACAGUGUUGAUCUGUUAUCCUGUUUAAUCAGGUGAGGGGGAAGAGGACCCUAGCAGAACAGUGUUGAUCUGUUAUCCUGUUUAAUCAGGUGAGGGGGAAGAGGACCCUAACAGAACAGUGUUGAUCUGUUAUCCUGUUUAAUCAGGUGAGGGGGAAGAGGACCCUAGCAGAACAGUGUUGAUCUGUUAUCCUGUUUAAUCAGGUGAGGGGGAAGAGGACCCUAACAGAACAGUGUUGAUCUGUAAUCAGGUGAGGGGGAAGAGGACCCUAGCAGAACAGUGUUGAUCUGUUAUCCUGUUUAAUCAGGUGAGGGGGAAGAGGACCCUAGCAGAACAGUGUUGAUCUGUUAUCCUGUUUAAUCAGGUGAGGGGGAAGAGGACCCUAGCAGAACAGUGUUGAUCUGUUAUCCUGUUUAAUCAGGUGAGGGGGAAGAGGACCCUAACAGAACAGUGUUGAUCUGUUAUCCUGUUUAAUCAGGUGAGGGGGAAGAGGACCCUAACAGAACAGUGUUGAUCUGUUAACCUGUUUAAUCAGGUGAGGGGGAAGAGGACCCUAACAGAACAGUGUUGAUCUGUUAUCCUGUUUAAUCAGGUGAGGGGGAAGAGGACCCUAGCAGAACAGUGUUGAUCUGUUAUCCUGUUU